UCAAUCUCCACACUCACCAAGUUUGCCAGGUUUCCAUCGACGCCAUGUGCACCUCUCAGCUCGCAAUCUACCUAGUUGCCCAGAGUACGAGACACAGCUCAUCAUAUAUUCUUGGCGCCUAGUUACGCGUCCCCCAAUGAAGAUGCAAAAAGCAUGAGAAAGAUGGACUAAUCCGACUGAUAGCGCCGCGGCGUGGGAUUGGCGUCUUCGACGUUGGCCCGCUGCACCGACGUCAUGGUUCAGGAACGCGCAGAUGUCGCGUGCGCGACGACGAUGAUGCUAAACUCCAUGUCCCUAGCCUUUUGCUUAAGAACUAGCUGGAGCGUUGCAUCAUUCUGACCUGGAACCGAGAUCGUGCCGAUUUUCCGUUCCUCACCACACAAUCACUGCGGAGCCUCCCCCAGCAUCCUACCACUACAGUCAAUGCAAUCAUGGGUGUGGCUGCAGGCGAACUUAUUGUACCUUUCACGGGCGCUAUCCAAGCUGCCUUCUCCGUCCUUCUGACCAUCGCCUUCGGUGUUGUUGCAGCGCAAUGCAAUUUACUAUCGCCCAAAGCGGCGAAGGAAGUUUCGAAGCUAUGUGUGCGCAUGUUUCUACCGGCGCUGUUGAUCUAUAAGAUUGGCUCCAAUCUGCAUCAAGACACAGGCGUAAGAUAUGUGCCCGUCCUCAUAUGGUCAAUAUCAUAUACACUACUUUCUGUCUUCGUCGGUCGCCUCCUCACGCGCAUCUUCAAGUUACCAGCCUGGGUCGCACCAGCCAUCGCUUUCAACAACACAACUUCGCUUCCACUUCUUCUCAUCCAGUCGCUCAAACAAACCCAAAUUCUCGAUGCUAUCCUCAUUGGUGGCGAGUCUGGCAGCCAGGCUAUGGAUCGUGCCGAGUCAUACUUUCUGGUGAAUGCCAUGGUCAGCAACUCGCUGACGUUUGCUAUUGGACCUGGUCUGCUAAGGCCGGGAGAUGAGGAUGCAUCUGACGAACAAGAAGGAGAAGAUGACGAAGAUAACGGUCAGGCAAACGAGGACGGCGAGAGCAGUGAUAUGGAGCGAGGCCCUGAAGGAAUCAUCGACGAGGAGACUUCGCUACUCCCACAGCGCAUAACCAAGCCCGUGAAUCGCAUUGAGAAGAAGGGGUAUCUCAAAACACAAAAGUGGUACAAUAAUUUGUCGCCAUGGCUGCAAGAGACUUUGAACAUCACAUGGCAGUUUGCCAAUGCUCCAUUGCUAGGUGCCAUUGUCGGCGCAGUCAUUGGGCUCACACCGGCUCUCCAUAGGCUUUUCUUCAGUCCUAGCAACGAGGGCGGAUACCUCAAUGCUUGGCUUACGACCGCUAUAAAGAACAUUGGCGAGCUCUUUGCUACGACCCAGAUCAUCGUUGUCGGAGUAAAGCUCAGCAAGAGCAUGCUGCGAAUGAAGCGCGGUGAGGAUAGUGGUGAAGUUCGCAAAGGAAGUUUGGCAAUUGUCACCUUGAUUAGGUUCAUCAUUUGGCCCUUGAUAAGCAUACCCUUGAUCUGGGUAGUCGCAUCGAAAACAAAACUUCUCGAUGCAGACCCCAUGCUUUGGUUUUCGAUGAUGUUGAUGCCUACCGGUCCUCCCGCUAUGAUCUUAGUAGCCCUGACCGAUGUCACGGGCGCAGCUGAGUCGAUGAAGAUGACUGUCGCCAAGUUCCUUACCAUUAGCUACGCAAUAACGCCAAUGAUCUGCUUUGCUGUCGUCGGAGCUCUGAAAGCUACGGAAGCCGCGAUCGAGCACAUGUAAGCAUGCUCUUCUCCAAAACCUAUCGUACGUUCGGUUUCAAAUUGCAAUACAUCAAGUCUACUUAUCAUCUGAUUUUUCUGCUGUCGUCGUAAGCUUUGCGUAAGCCAUGAUCUUUGAUUUCCUAGAUUCGUCCGAACAAGAUAGUAUGGUAUCGACCCUGUGGAUGUGCACAGCCUUCGUAUAGCGUUCACUAGAUCCUUCUACCAGGGACGUGCGCAUAUACGGUAGAUACGGUAUGCUGACCUUCGAUUCGGGCCGUUCUAAUCUGCAUGAAUGAGAAAUAGUGGGCACGGAAAACGAAGAAGCACAGGACGGACAAAAGUACUGAUCUACGAAGACAUGAGGUGUACCCACAUUUCUGUCAUGUCCUUUCUUUGUAGAAGGCUUACACUAUGGAGUACG